GUUUCUGCUGUGGACACAUGCGAGUCUAGAUCAUCAUAUAAAAUUCCCUGCAUCAGGUUUUUCAUUGUGAAGGAUGGGGGUCAAAGGACAGUACACCCCUUACAAUCCGCUCCUAAUGUGGCCUCGUUUCCUCAAUCUUGGUUGCUGUUUCCUCCGUCUAAUUCACCCAUGCAAGGAGCUCACUGUUGCCCUUACAUAAUGAAUAUCUUGCCGGUCUGUACUUCCUCCACUCCGGAUUCUUACACACCAUGAGCCUACUUCAUCUCUAGCCAUGUCACUAUCCCAGCACUGAGCAAAUGCUUGUAGAAGGAAUGAAUGAAUGUAAAGGGGAAAAAUGAAUUGUUUCACACUCACGUGUGCAUUAAGACACUUCAGCGAGUGUCUUAAUGUUCAUAGAUACUGGCCCAAUCAUUCCUCCCCUUCCUUUCUCAUUUUCUUCCUUUCUUAUCCUACCUUCUUCUUCCUUUGCAUGCCACUGAGUGCCUUACAAGGCAGGACACAGAGACAUUGGCAUGCUGGUAGAAACAGAUACCGUGGAGAGCAGCCAGAUGAAAUGAGGGCAAAACCAGCGGUACUGCAUGCAGAGACCCGCUGGAAUGAAAAGCAGUGAUUCACGGAGAACUGCAAUUCAGACACUCUUUGAGUUUCACUUUGAGAGCUGCUGCAGGAUUGGGGAUCAGUGUCCUGGGCCUUUAAGAGCUGGAUGGGCUGGACUAAAGAAAGUGCUUACACCUCUCCCCACGGCACUCCUUCCCUCUGGCUGUAUGUAACCCUGCCAGUAAUAGCAGCAAACUGCAGUAGAAGAGGGGAGGAAUCAAGCAAGGAGAAACCGAACCAGGCUGGGCUUCCUCAGCCACAGUGGAGAGCAUCGAAGAAGCACAGCUCACAGACACAGGACUGCUAUCCUGCCCACCACGAUCUCCAAGAUUCAUGCAAGCUCUUUGCUCCUCCUUGUUCCUUUAGGUGUCUCUGGCACCAGCUAGUGGAGCAGUGGAUGAUGGCAUCCCUGUUACAAGACCGGCUGACCACUGAUCAGGACCUGCUGAUGAUGCAAGAAGGUGUGCUAAUGCGCAAGGUGAGGUCCAGAAGCUGGAAGAAGCUAAGAUACUUCAGACUUCAGAACGACGGCAUGACAGUCUGGCAUGCACGGCAGUCCGGGGGCAGGGAGAAGCCCAGCUUCUCAAUCUCUGAUGUGGAGACAGUGCGGAAGGGCCAUGAUUCCGAAUUGCUGCGUGGUCUGGCAGAGGAGUUCCCACUGGAGCAGGGCUUCACUGUUGUCUUCCAUGGCCGUCGCUCCAACCUGGACCUGGUGGCCAACAGUGUUGAGGAGGCCCAAACCUGGACGCAAGGACUCCAGCUGUUGGUGGACCUUGUCACAAGCAUGGACCAACAGGAGCGGCUGGACCAGUGGCUGAGUGACUGGUUCCAGCGUGGAGACAAAAACCAGGAUGGUCGAAUGAGUUUUGAAGAAAUUCAGCGCCUGCUGCACCUAAUGAAUGUGGAGAUGGACCAAGAAUAUGCCUUUAGUCUUUUCCAGACAGCAGACAUCUCUCAGUCUGGGACUCUGGAAGGAGAAGAAUUUGUACAGUUCUAUAAGGCAUUGACUAAGCGUAACGAAGUACAGGAACUGUUUGAAAACUUUUCAGCCGAUGGGCAGAAGUUGACCCUCCUGGAAUUUGUGGAUUUCCUUCAGGAAGAGCAGAAAGAAAAAGAUUAUGCUCCUGACCUUGCUCUGGAACUCAUCAACCGCUAUGAGCCUUCAGACAGUGGCAAACUGCGGCAUGUGCUGAGCAUGGAUGGCUUCCUCAGCUACCUCUGCUCAAAGGAUGGAGACAUCUUCAACCCGGCCUGCCUCCCCAUCUACCAGGAUAUGACUCAGCCACUGAGUCACUACUUCAUUAACUCCUCUCACAACACCUACCUAGUGGGGGACCAGCUGUGUGGCCAGAGCAGCGUCGAGGGAUAUAUACGGGCCCUGAAGCGGGGGUGCCGUUGUGUGGAGGUGGAUGUUUGGGAUGGACCUAGUGGGGAACCUGUCGUUUACCAUGGACACACACUGACCUCUCGCAUCCUGUUCAAAGAUGUUGUGGCCACAGUUGCACAGUAUGCCUUCCAGACAUCAGACUACCCACUCGUCCUGUCCCUGGAGAACCACUGCAGCUGGGAGCAGCAACAGACUGUGGCACAACACCUGACGGAGAUCCUGGGGGAGCAGCUGCUGAGUGAACCCUUGGAUGGGCUGCUGCCCACGCAGCUGCCCUCGCCAGAGCAACUUCGACGGAAGAUCCUGGUGAAGGGGAAGAAGUUAGAAACACUUGAGCUAGAUGUUGAGGAUGAGGAUGAAGAGGAGCAAGAGUGUGACCUGGAGCAACAGCAGGAGUCAGAGCUGGAGCCUGAGCCUGAGCCACAGGAGCCGUUCCUUCAGAGUAAGGACAAAAAGAAGAAACUCAAGCCCAUCUUGUGUCCAGCCCUCUCUGCCCUGGUUGUCUACCUGAAGUCUGUCCCAUUCCACAGCUUCUCUCACUCAAAAGAGAACUACCACUUCUAUGAGAUAUCAUCCUUCUCUGAAAGCAAGGCCAGGAACCUUAUCAAGGAGGCUGGCAAUGAGUUUGUGCAGCACAAUACUUGGCAGUUAAGCCGUGUGUAUCCCAGCGGGCUGAGGACAGACUCAUCCAACUACAAUCCCCAGGAGCUCUGGAAUGUGGGCUGCCAGAUGGUGGCUAUGAAUAUGCAGACUGCAGGGCUCGAAAUGGACAUCUGUGAUGGGCUGUUCCACCAGAAUGGUGUCUGUGGCUAUGUGCUGAAGCCAGAUUUCCUGCGUGAUGUCCAGAGUUCCUUCCACCCUGAAAGGCCCAUCAGUCCUUAUAAGGCUCAGAUCCUAUUAGUCCAGGUGAUCAGUGGUCAGCAACUGCCCAAGGUGAACACCAAAGAGAAGUCCAUUGUGGACCCCCUGGUCAAAGUGGAAAUUUUCGGCAUCCAUGCAGACACAGCCCGGCAAGAGACCAACUAUGUGGAGAACAAUGGCUUUAAUCCAUAUUGGGGACAGACACUGUCCUUCCGGGUCCUGGUGCCUGAACUCACUAUGCUGCGUUUUGUGGUAAAGGAUUAUGACUGGAAAUCCCGAAAUGAGUUUAUUGGCCAGUUUACUCUGCCAUGGACCUGCAUGCAACAAGGUUACCGCCACAUACACCUGCUUUCCAAGGAUGGCAUCAGCCUUCAUCCAGCUUCCAUCUUUGUGUACAUCUCCAUCCAGGAAGAACUGGAGACUGAAUCCUGAGGCUCAGUCCUAUAUUCAGACCCAUCAUUAACCUCUCCCAUCAACUCUGAUGUGAAGGCAGAUUGCGCCUGGAAGCCUGAGUGACUUGGAACAUAGAAACCCACAGAAGUAUUAUCCUUUCCACUCCUAACUUCCUCAAAGCCCAGAGCCAAGGGAGAAGGAUAAAUCGAGGAUCAAGCUCACCAAAGGUUGGGUUAGGAGACCUAAAACUGUACUGACUCUUCAGAGAAUACUGCACAGCCCUCAAUCUCCACUGGACUGCUCCUCAUCUCCCUGCUGUAAAUAGAGCUUUUCUCUCCAAAUUGGCUCCUGAAUGGUCUGUCAUUGUUAGGAGACUAAGGUUUAAGUGGUCCCAGUCCUCUUGGAGUUUCCCUGGAAUAGUUUUGGUUUAUGGCUCUGUAAGUGUAAUUAUUAAUAACACUUUCUUUAGUGUUGGUCAGAGAGAAGGCAGAGAUGGGUCUCUUUCAGACCUAUCUUCAAGUGAAGACAAAAGAGACAAGAGAGGAACAGAGGUCUAAGAAGGGACAGGGCAUAUCAAGAUGACAACCUGGAAAAGUUAAGACAAGGAGCUGGACGAAUCCAUAAGCUGGUAGUCUUUCUCCAUUUAGCAUGCUUUAUGGAGCAUUAGGCACAAUAGCACAUGCA